AAGUCCACAACCUGGACAUGUGCCCUGAUGGGGAAUCGAACCACAGCUUCUCCUGGUUCACAGAUCAACACUCAACCCCUGAGCCUCGCUGGCCGGGCUGGGUGACCUGGUUUGGGCCCGGGAGACACCAUGUGUGAGCUCAGUGCUACUGGCUCCAUCCUCCGGCUCUCUGAUCAGGGUGCAGGGACCCAGGGCUGGUUUUUGUCAGAAGCAACCCACACACCUUGCAGAUUAUGGCUGAUCAGAUUGUGUUUGUCCAAACAAGGGCAGACCCUGCAGCUUUUAGAUGAUUCUAGAAGCAUCCAGUUCUGCAGGAGGCCUCUAAGAGAUCUGUGUUAGUUCCUUCACACACAUGCACAAUUGUCGCUGAAAUUUGGGGCAGGACUCAUGUCUUUUCUCCACUCCACCAUUUGGAAGGUCACUGAGAAAAGGUGGGAUAUGUCUCCAGCCGAAAAGCAAUGUUACGUUUACAAGGGAAAGAAGAAAUCUGGAGCUUCUCCUUGAAUUUGCUGACAAUUGAGGGUUUUGUGGAGUCGUUUGGGCAUCUUGGGCCAUUUUUCAGGAAAAGGUGAGAAGGCGUGUGAAGUCCAGCUUGCCAAGCACCCUCCGGCAGAGGAACCCGGCCCUUCUGUGCAGACGAUUUUUGCGGGCUUCAAGUUUUGGGGGGAAAACAAACACAAACGCUCCUCCCCGCGAGGGGCGGGGCGAGGCCUAGGCGACGCACCAAUCAGAGCACGCCCCGCCCUAUAUAAGGCGUGAGGGCCCCCCUCCCGGCGCUUGACCCUCCUCCCUGGCUCUCGUCUGUGGACCCUCCGCCCUGUGAUGUCCGAGACGGCCCCUGUGGACCCGGCUGAGCCUGGCCCGGCUUUCAUGGCGAAGCCGAACAUCAAGAAGCGAGGGAAGAAGCAGGUGGGCCUGGCGGGUGUGACUCGCAAGACGCCCAGCCCGUCGGUGUCCAAGGUGAUCACGGAGGCCUUGUCGCUGUCCCAGGAGCGGGCGGGCAUGUCGCUGGCCGCGCUCAAGAAGGCGCUGGCGGCCGCGGGCUACGACGUGGACAAGAACAACAGCCGCAUCAAGCUGGUGCUCAAGAGCCUGGUGAGCAAGGGCACCCUGGUGCAGACCAAGGGCACCGGCGCCUCGGGCUCCUUCCGGCUCAGCAAGAAGGCGGUUCCCGAGCUGGUCAAGGUCAAGAAGGCCGCGGCCGCCAAGGGCAAGAAGCUGGUCUUGUCCCGGGAGUCCAAGUCCCCCAAGAGCUCCGGCGCCAACAAGAGAGCUCAGAAGCCGCGGGCAUCGGCAUCCCCGAAGGCCGCCCGAGGCGUCAGGAAGGCGGCGGGGCCCAAGGGCCGGCCCCCGCGGAAGAGCCCGGCCAAGGCCAAGGCCGACAAGCCCACGGCCGGGAGGCCCAAGGCGACCCAGCAGAAGACCAAGCCCAGGAAGGGAGCCUCUAAGAAGUAAAAGGCCCAUCUUCGAGAGAAAAAGGACACAAAAUAAACCCAAAGGCUCUUUUAAGAGCCACCCAAGUCACAGUAAAACGGCACAGCACUGGGGGCUGCUGGGAGUUCAUGGCCGCCAGGUCAACCUCCUUGCAAGCGUGCGAUGAGAUGUUUGGUUAGACGCGGACAGGCCGAUUAGGACCUACAUGUGCGCAGUUCUGCCUAAAAUACUCCACGCUGCCCGGCUCCAGAUGCCGGCGUGUACCCUCUGCUAGAACACCUCGUGCCUGUGUCAACUUCGGCUUUUCCGGAAGUGCCAGUGCUAUGUAGAGAGGGGUGGAGAGCUGCCCAGAGCCCCAACAUACCCAAAUUUUUCUUUGACAAGUGCCACAUUGCGUUUUACUUUUAUGAGGUGUCAUCCUAAUGGGGUUUUGUUGAUUACAGAGAGGGAGAGGGGAGCAUCAACGAGGAGAAUCGGCUGCCUCCUGCACUGGGCCCCACUCGGGAUCGAGCCCACAACCCGGGCAUGUGCCCUGACCUCCUGGGUCAUAGGUUGAUGCUCAACCACUGAGCCAUGCCAGCCGGGCAAAAGGUUGUUUCUUAAGUCUGGUGUCCACGGGCAUUGUAGAGGUCAUACACAGAAAUCAAAGUGCCAGAAUUUGGAUUAUAAAGAAUUUUUUUUACAUCUUUAAUGUUAAACUGGUUUUAUUUACAUUAUGAGUGAGUGAUUAGCCAGUAAAAGUCACAAAUAUUUACAGUAGUCACAAGAGUAUUGAAAUGCUAUUUAUCCUUAUUUCCAUAGUAUAUAGUUACUAUGCUAUUGUCACAUUUUUUAAAAGUUGGUUUGAUAAUAUGAUUGCUCUGUUUAAUACGAUUGUGGCUCCAUGUAUUUUAUUUAGGAAGAGUGUAUAGGUCAGCCGUGGGCAAACUACAGCCCGCGGGCUGGAUUCGGCCCGUUUGAAAUGAAUAAAACUAUUGAAAAAAAAGACCGUACC